CAAAGGGCGAGUCACCUGAACACAUAGCAGACAGAAGGAAUAAUACCAUGCACACUACGCGUGACGUCUCACAUUAAGUACAAAAUGGCCAGACGAGGAGCGAACUGGCAACAUCCGACGACAAGGUCGCUCAGAUGUCUCGGGGUAAGCCACGAGAUCGAUUGUCGCCAAGGGCAGAUCAUUUCAGAAACCAGGCUGCGACAGGCUUGGACAGUUGAGGCAGACAUUUGCUCCAUAUAAAGUUGAGCAUAAUCACAAUCUCGGAACAGCAGACGUUAAAGGCCUCUGCACGUAAGCUUCGGUGGGAGCAGCUAUGGAUAGCCACGCAUCUUUGUGAUAGUAUCGUCGAGAAUUUCCAGGGACAAAACGAAACACGAUGGCUGACGUGGAGAAGAUAUCGCCCCGUAAAAGUCCACGCCGUACGCGAGGUUUCCGGCGUAACAACAGCGUAGCUCCUCUAGGUAUCGACCAAGAGAAAGGACUAGCAAGGACCAUCUGUAUGACCGAUUUGUCUUCAGAGAGGGGAAAGCAGCUCCAGAUUGCCCGUACAAGUCUUGUCUGCGCCUUGUCAUGUCUUGCUCUCAUCCUCUCUUCUCUCGUGGAUGUUCAACAUUUCACUGAUUUGGAUUUUUGGCAGCGCGCGACGCACACUGCUCUCACCAAUGCAACAGAGGAGGAGGCUUUGGCCCACACCCUGCACGUCGAAGCGGGCCUGGUGGGCUUUGGGAAAGCCUGGCACCAAAAUUGCGCCAAUAAUUCAAAUGAUUCCGAUCGUACUUCUAGAUUUGUGGAGGAUAUCUACACCAGUUACAUCAACACAGACCAAGCUUUGCACAGAUGCAUUUCGCGCAAAGGAGUUCUCUUGAACGCUUUAAAACAACUCAAUUGGACGAAAAAGGAGUUUCUACAGACGCUCAUGGAGCAAAGAACGUUUGGUAAAUCACUUAACAAUGACACAAACUCUAUUUAUCUUUUCUACCACAAGAUCGCUUGUGCAAUUAUUAAAGAAAUGACAGAUGAGAUAACUCAGAACAAUUUAAUAAACGCUGAUUUAUUCCUUAGUUAUGACUCACUGACGCAAUCGAAACACUUCUUUAGUAAAGAAAGAUAUUUCGGAGCUCUAUCUUUUUUAGAUUCCGAUAUUUUUAUAUCCGAUUUUUCAGCAUCAGGCGCGAUAGGUGAUGCUUUCCUCGCACAUGCGUUGAGUAUUAAUAGCGACAUUAGUUUUAAUGUUGGAAGUGGUUCUUUGGAUACAGUUAAACAGUUUACACUGAUGAAAGAGACAAUCAAGAAUGAUAAAAGUGUGUGCAAUUUGACGGGGGCGAUGCAGUGGUUUCGGGUCACAACGGAUUACCAAGAAAUAUUGUGGGAUAUUCAACGGGACCUCAGAGCGAAAACCAUCGAGAAUCUGGCCGAGGAAAUGCACGCAACGGCCCGUCUACUCGCCCUGGAAUUCGUGGUGACGAUCCUCGUGGUGGUCUCUUUCCCAGUCCUGUUGUACUCGGCCUGCAGCAUGACCGGCUGGAUUCACGACUACGCCAGCCGUCUGAGGGGUAAGACUUUGGAGUUACGGCAAGAAAAGUUGGUGGUGGAGGGUCUGCUUUACCAAAUGCUGCCCGCUACCGUGGCCAAUCAGCUGAGAGAGAGGCGACAGGUGCACGCCGAGAGUUUCGACAGUGUCACCAUCUUCUUCUCUGAUAUCGUGGGCUUCACCUCCAUCUCGGCUCAGAUAACUCCUUUGCAGGUUGUUGACAUGCUGAACCAUUUAUACACGUGCUUCGAUUCCCGCAUCGAUAUCUACGACGUGUACAAGGUGGAGACGAUAGGCGAUGCGUACAUGGUGGUCAGUGGCUGCCCUGAGCGUAACGGGGAGAAACACGCUGGGGAGAUUGCUACGAUGGCGAUAGAUCUACGCAGUGCUAUCAAACAGGUGCAAGUCCCGCACGAUCCUACGCGUAAACUGCAGCUGAGGAUCGGCAUCCAUUCAGGACCGUGUGUGGCGGGAGUCGUUGGGUCCAAGAUGCCGAGGUAUUGUCUGUUUGGAGACACCGUCAACACUGCCUCACGGAUGGAAUCCAACGGUUUACCCAAUAAGAUCCACGCAAGUGACGUCACAUACGCAGCUCUCUCCAAAGACGCGUCCUAUGACUUGGAGAGUCGAGGAGAGAUUACUAUCAAGGGAAAAGGAACGAUGAACACGUACUGGCUGAAUGGUCGUAAGGGUUACGGUGAGGCUAACGACAGUAUGGUCUGCAAAGUGGACUUUGCCAAAAUGAGGGCCAAGCGCAAGGCUGCACAGGAGGCUAAGAAGGCAGCAGAGGAGGCAAAGCGACUGGAGGAGGAGGCUGGCAAACAAACUGAACAGGAUACACAAGCCGAUGGGCAUGCCGCGGUAGAAAAUGGGGAGGUUAUAGAAGCGACUGAUGUGAAGGCUACCGGUGAUGAUGCAGAAGCAACGGUAAGACAUGGAGAUGGAACUGAGGAGACUAGCUUACGGCAAGAUGAGAACAAUGCAGAAACGGCGGACAGAGUGACUCGAGCGGAGGCUACGAAUCAAGUUCAAGAGACAAGUGAACAAGAUGAGGUUAUGAAACAUGAUGAGAGAUAACAAAAGACAACAUCGCGGAAGAUGCGCAUUUGAUUGCAGCAAGGAAAAAGAAUCAGACGAUGACGCGAUUUGGACAAUUUGGAUUUUUGAUUUAAGUUUUAAUAAGCUGCAUGCGUAUGAGUUAGAAAACACAAUUAUAAUAAAAACGAUUAUUGUUAUGAUACAAUUCCUACAACUGUCUUCGUUUAUUUGAGACAUGUAACACAAUAGUCUUUGUCCAAGCCUGAAAACAAACGGUCCGUAUCCCAAGCAAGCACAAUUAAGUCACCCUGGCUUAGAGGGCGCUAGUAUACACAAUGAAUCGAAAUUCAGUCUUGGCAACCGUGGACCUGAUAAAUUCCGAGCAUAAUUAUUACAUCACGCCCUCGCAUGGCUGCAUUCGAGAAAAUCAAAAUCCAGUCUUGCACUAAGAC